UUUCCGACAGACAGUCGCUUAGGCCAUGACACCAUUCGUGCUCUGAUGUAUUAUGCUCUGAAGGUGUGGAGUGACAUUGCACCCCUCAAUUUCCACGAGGUGGCAGGAGACAACGCAGAUAUUCUGAUCGAUUUCCCAAGGUCUCAACACAAAGACCACUACCCCUUUGAUGGACCAGGGGGUGCCGUGGCUCACGCAUUCUUCCCCGGCGACCAACCAAUUGCAGGAGAUGUGCAUUUCGAUAAUGAUGAGGCUUGGACCUUCCGAUCGUCAGAUCCUCGAGAGAUGGACCUGUUUGCAGUCGCUGUCCAUGAGUUUGGUCAUGCCAUUGGACUGUCCCAUUCUUCAGUCAAUGAAUCCAUCAUGAGACCUUAUUACCAUGGCCCUGUGGGUGAUCCCCUUCAGUACCACCUUCCUUACGAUGACCAGCUCCGGAUCUGGCAGAUAUACGGUUUGAACUCUAACCUCCUGCGUUGUUCUUCCAUGUGUUCUCUUGGGACCCAGAAAGUAGCAACAGGGAGUAUUGUAAUAAAACAAAGAACUGCAGAAGGUAGAGAGCUGAAACAAAAGCAGAAAUUACUGAAGAAACUCAACAGCAUCUGUGGGGAGGAAGCAGAGUUACUUUUCCGAAUCCAGUGACUCUUCAUCAGAACUUAUAGCAGCUAGGAGAACAUGGUAUAUAUGGUAAAGAUGAGGUUGAGAGUUGGGGAGAAAUGGAGGAAGAGGUGAGCUGAUAGGUAGAGACGGAGCACAUGGAGAGCACAAUAUGAAAUGGGUAUGUAUCUGAGGGGCUUAUUGAUGGUAAGCCAAGUCAAAAGAGAAGUUUAUUAAGUGAUAAUGAGGGUUAAGAAUAGGACAGAAUGGGUAGGUUGCGCUGAAAGUGACCCAUAUUAUGACAGGGCCAAGGUGUGGGAGUGGGAAAAAGAGAUGAAAGGAUGGAAUCAGGCUGUAAACUUAUAGAACUUGAUGUGGAGUCCGAGAGGCUGCAGGAUCCCCAAAGGGAAGAUGAGAUGCUGCUCAGAGUAACAAAAAGUAUUGGCUCAUUCAGAUACAAAUUAGAAAGGUUUCUUUCAGAAGUAACAUUGUUGGGAUCGAGUAUCUGAGUAAUUUGAGAGCUGAUAUUUGGU